AUGCCGCCACAGGAACCCAUCUAUGCAGACAGCAGCAGUGAGCUUUUCAUGUCGUCGUCUGCAAACUCUUCAAGCAGUGAAUCACUCACUCUUUUAGGGGAGAAUGCUUUGAAAAGAGCGGCCGACAAUCUUUAUACCCGAGAAGAAUUACUGUCCUACGCUAAAUGUUUUACCACUAGCAAAAGCACACGAACAAAAUCCAACAGUCGAUGGAAGGGUCUAUUCUAUUCUCUGACAAAAUUACCCAGUGCUCUGAUACGCUAUGGCUUGUUAUUUCCAUUGCGAUCGCUUAUUCUUAGUGCCUCCACCAUGGCCUUUUUCAUGACUUUACCCAUAGGUGUCACCCUCAAGAGUAAACGAAUUGUGUCGCUUUGUGUUAAACUUUAUUGUAAAGGUUUUCUCCUGUCGUUGGGUGCGAGAGUAAAGUAUAUUGGAAAGAAACCAAAACUACAUGAACCACAUGUCUUUGUGGCCAACCAUACCUCCUAUGUUGAUUAUAUUGUACUCAGUGCACAUCAAUAUCCUCACGGCGUGGUGAUGGCAAAACAUGGAGGCGCAUUAGGAUUUUUGCAGAACAAUGGUUUGAAUUAUCUCAACUCGAUGACCUUUGAUCGUGCCAAUAUGACUGAACGCAAAGAUUUAUCCAACAGUUUAAAAAAACAUGUGCAUAAGCCAGAGACAUGGUCCAACCCUAUGCUGAUCUUUCCAGAAGGUACCUGUGUGAAUAACGAGUAUGCUGUUCGUUUUCAAAAAGGUGCAUUUGAAUUGGGUGUCAAGGUGUGUCCUGUGGGCAUCAAGUAUAGCAAGUCAUUCGGUGAUCCUUAUUGGGAUACUCGCAAAGGAUUCAUGUAUUAUGCUUAUUAUUUAAUGACACGAUGGUGGACACCCAUCCAUGUUUAUUAUUGCGAUCCAAUGACACCUAAAUGCAAUGAAAAAGCGGCAGACUAUGGAGACAGAGUGAAACGUAGAAUUGCAGACACCGUAGGACUGACAUGUGUGAAUUUUAAUGGCAUGGCAAAGCGACAAUUAUUAAAAGUACUGGCAGAGGAGGAAAAGAGAAAGACACGAUAG